UCAUUAGUCAUCUAUUAAAUCUAAGAAAUUUCAUGUGACCCAGCAAAUAUAAGAUUUUAGAAAUAUUAUUUGCAGCGAUGAUUCCACCAAAUACUCUCCUAUAAAAUAAAUACCUUGAAGCUCUGGACUUAACAUCCUCAUCAAUCAUUUUAAACUAAAACUAUAUACUAUAAACUAUGGCCAUCGCCAUCUCUGUUUCUUUGAGGCUUUUCUUCUUCUCUGCUCUCUUUCUUGGCUAUGGAGUUUUUGAGCUUGAAGCUUCCGAUCAUAUUUCCCAAACUCUUCAAAUUCCUGAAUUUGCUAUUACUGCAACAGGUCAACCUUAUAGAACUGCCUUUCACUUUCAGCCUCCAAAGAACUGGAUGAACGAUCCAAAUGGGCCAAUGAUUUACAAUGGAAUUUACCAUCUGUUCUACCAAUACAAUCCUAAAGGUGCAGUGUGGGGAAACAUUGAAUGGGGCCACUCAACAUCAGAAGAUCUUGUUAAUUGGACCCCGCAUGAACCAGCCAUUUACCCAUCUCAGCAAGCUGAUAUCAAUGGCGCCUUUUCUGGUUCAGCCACAAUUCUGCCAGAUGGCACUCCUGCCAUUCUCUAUACAGGAAUUGACCCAUUAAACCAACAAGUCCAGAACCUGGCCUUGCCCAAAAACUCAUCUGAUCCAUACCUUAUUGAAUGGGUGAAGUUAGCGGAAAACCCACUAAUGGCACCCACUUCCCAAAACCAAAUCGAGGCUUCUUCAUUUAGAGACCCAACUACAGCUUGGAAAGGUAUUGAUGGAAGUUGGAGAGUAGUCAUUGGAAGCAAAAAUAAGACUAAGGGAUUAGGAAUUAUUUAUAGAAGUAAAGAUUUUGUUAAUUGGGUCCAAGCGGAACGUCCAAUCUAUGAAGUAGAGGGCACCGGUAUGUGGGAAUGCCCGGAUUUCUUUCCGGUAGCAAUUAAUACAAAUACUGGAGUUGAUUUAUCGAAUCUUGGACCUGAUAUUAAAUAUGUACUUAAAGCGAGUUUAUUUGAUAUAAAUCAGGAUUACUAUGCUAUUGGAGAGUAUGAUGGUGUUGAGGAUGUUUAUACUCCAGAUACUGGAUCAAUCAGUGGUGAUGGGGGAUUAAGAUUUGAUUAUGGGAAAUUUUAUGCUUCAAAAUCUUUCUUUGAUCGUGAUAAGAAGAGAAGGAUAUUGUGGGCAUGGAUAGCUGAAUCUUCGAGUGUUGAUGAUGAUAUCAAGAAGGGUUGGGCUGGACUUCAGGGGGUUCCAAGAGUUAUUUUGCUUGACAAAUCAAGAAAGCAACUGGUGCAAUGGCCAAUAGAGGAAAUUGAAAAGCUUCGCGUGAAUCCAGUCCACUUGCCUCUAAAAGUCCUUGAAGGAGGGUCCUUGCUUGAAGUUUCUGGGGUCACGGCAGCACAGGCAGAUGUGGAGAUUUCAUUUAGGGUAGCAAACAUUGAAAAAAUAGAAGUGCUGAACCAAGAUGUAACUCAGAUAAACCCACAAAUGCUAUGUAGCCAAAAGGGUGCAUCAGUUAAAGGAAGUUUAGGUCCAUUUGGGUUGCAUGUAUUUGCUUUAAAAGGAAUGCAAGAGCACACAUCAAUUUUCUUUAGAAUAUUCAAAGUCCAGAACAAAUAUGUGGUGCUCAUGUGCAGUGACCAAAGCAGGUCUUCAUUGAAUCCUACUACUAAUAAGACAAUUUAUGGGACCUUUUUGGAUGUUGAUCCCCUUCAUGAGGAGCUGUCCUUAAGAUGCUUGAUUGAUCAUUCAAUAGUGGAGAGCUUUGGUGGGAAAGGAAAGAGUUGCAUUACAGCAAGAGUUUAUCCAGAAUUGGCUAUAAAUGAGGCCGCCAGCUUGUAUGCUUUUAAUAAUGGAAGUGAAAGUGUCACCAUAACAAGAUUGAGUGCUUGGAGUAUGAAGAAGGCUAAAAUCAAUUGAGAAAGGAGAGAAUUGAGAUGUGGGGAGAUAAGAAUUAAAGAAACAUGUAUUCUGUAUUGAUUUGAACUAAUAUUUCUAUGGUCAGAAAGUUAGGAAUUCUGUUGUUAUCCAUUGAUUAUGAUUUUUGGUUA